CACUGCUUACCUAAUCAAAGAUGGCUUGGGAGUUGGGAUUCCGCAGACUUGAAUGGGCCAUGACCAAAUUUCAGAAACGAAAAACGUGGGCUAUAUAACCUUCGACAACAUAAAAAACACGGCGUACUUUGAAUUCAACCUCAAAAUGCUUCGAGAAGAGAUUUCACAAUUGGAAGUGACGUCGAGAAUCGUUCAUCGUUUUCUUUGUUUUGUCCAUCAGAACAUAUUCUCCCUUAUUUGAGAAUUCCUUUUUGUUUUUUAGGAAACGUUUUCAUUUCAUUACGAUGUGAUUGCAGUAAUUCUCCAGAGGAAUCUGAUGCGGCGGGCGUCGAGGGCAUCGGGAAGACGAGAUGGGUUUGCCCAGUAGGUAACUGAGUAGAUAUUUGGGAGAUUGAAUUGGGGUUUAGAUGGAGAUGGAGAUGGAGAUGGAGGUGGAGUUGCAGUGCAGGCCAACCAAUAUGGUCCCUUGGUAAUUGGGAUGAAUGAAAGAGUUGUCACCGGUUAAAAGGGAAAACGAAAAUGUAGACCACGCGUGAACCGACACGGUGUGACCAUUAUGUUGUCAUAAUAAUAGUCAAUGGAGUCGUAUCAACUAAAAGCCACCGCUUCCACCCAACUUGAGAAAAUGGAAUCAACAUUGGUGGCCAUCCUAGCUAACCGAUUUUCAUGUGAGGCUUGAUUUCUUUAUGCGAAUAUGGUAUGUUCUGUUAGGCCUAUCAAGUGGUUAGCCCUUUGUUUUGAGGUGUUGGGGACUGAAUUGGCUACUAAUAAGAAACUUAAGCUUCAUUCGCCUCAACAGAGCUCCUGCUUAGGAGGGACACUGAUGUGGCUACUAACCAGAAACUUGACCUAGGACCUAAUUUACUCUAUUCAGAAUAUGCCUUCUCAUGGUUCGUCCUUAGGCUUACCUGUGUUCAAAUUUCAUUCACACAGUCUGUAAUGAAAUAUCAGUAUCUUCCUAUUCUAUCUAAUGUCAUAGGCGUUGGGCCUGUACUAAUGAGUAAUGACGAACUUGGGCUGGCUGGCCUUUCCUUUCUGGACUUGAGCAACUUCUUCUCUCUGCUAGGAAAUUGUUAAGACUUGGGCCAUCAUAUUUAGGUUGUUGGACAACUCACCCAUAUAAUGUAAGAUUUAUUAAAAUUCUGGAAAAAAAAAAAUGAGACGGAUGAUAGACUCACAUUAUAGAUGAAAAAAAUGACGAGGGAAAAAAGGUGACGAGGCUUACGAUACGUAGGGGUAGAAGGAGGUGGUGGUAAAGAAGCAGGCAUGAGUUCCAGAGCUUUUGGGGGAGGGGGAAUAGGGAUUUGGGGGCAUAUAGCUUCUUGGAUUUGAUUCGCCCGACAGACUGAAGUGCCCCCCCACAAGUCAUCCAGGAAAGAUACUCAACAAGAUAUUUUAGUUUUACUAUUUUACCCUUUCUCUCUCCUAUUCCAAGAUCCCGUCCCCAGCUGUCCACAUGCACCUGUUCCCACCAGUGGAGCGAUUGACCAGAGAAUUUUAAAGAGGGGCAUUUCCGUCAGAAAACAACAUGAAAAGACGUCUCCCCAUUAAACGCCGGCAAUUCGGUCAUUUAAAGAGUAAACAGAGUUUCAUCUGGGCAGCUACAGCAGAGUCAGCCCGCACGAGGUAGCAGCAUCUCGUCUGGUUGAGUUGCUACUGACUCAGUGGUCUGUAAGAUCUCACACCAACCAAUGGCUUCUGAGGAUGCCCAGGAUCAUCGUAUUGCUCGAAUUUCUUCUGCGAUUCGGGUCAUCCCCGACUUUCCCAAACCAGGUAUUAUGUUUCAGGACAUAACAACAUUGCUUCUCGACCCUCAGGCUUUCAAGGACACUAUCGAUUUGUUUGUUGAGAGAUACAAAGGGAAAAACAUCUCUGUUGUUGCAGGUAUUGAAGCAAGAGGUUUUAUAUUUGGUCCGCCAAUUGCAUUGGCCAUUGGAGCAAAAUUUGUCCCCAUGAGAAAACCUAAUAAAUUGCCUGGGGCGGUUAUUUCUCAAGAGUAUGCAUUGGAGUAUGGAACAGACAAAAUUGAGAUGCAUGUUGGGGCUGUACAAGCUGGAGAACGGGCCUUAGUCAUAGAUGAUCUCAUUGCAACUGGGGGAACGUUGUGUGCUGCAAUCAACCUCCUUGAACGGGUUGAGGUGGAUGUGGUUGAGUGUGCUUGUGUCAUUGAAUUACCAGAGCUAAAGGGUAGGGACCGAUUAGGAGACAAACCACUGUUUGUCCUUGUAAGUGCAGCUUGAUCUCACAGUUCCUGUGGUAUAACUUCAAGCAGGUGGUUGGAGUUUAUGAUUGCUAGAGCUUUUCUCUGAAGUUGGAGAACCUUAAUGACCCAGCUCGAUUGAAGGGAAGAGAAAAUUGUUUGGUAAUGAAGGGUUUUCUCUAGGUUAGGUAGUUGGAGACCUGAAAACAAUUGGUUGAUCAAAGUAAUAAGACUUUUCAGGUUAGGAGGAUUUAUAUAAUUCUUCGUUUUUUAAGGAAAUGGCCAGAUUCAACGCCUGACUGUUGGUUAAAUAUACAUAAAAACCUUACCCGGUUUUCUCUUGUGAACACCAUUAAUUGUGUUUACUUUUAUUGAUGCAAAAAAUUGUGUGUUGAUGCUUUAA